CGCACGUGAAGAUACAGGACGCCCUCAAGAGGUCAGUAAAUGACAGUUCGAUAGAAACUGCCAAAAGAAGUAAAGACAACGAUGAACGACCUAAAGACUGCCAAGAAGUCGCUGGCUGACUGCCUUGGAGACGAAAUCAAGCAGUACUGGGCAAACAUGAAGUUAUGGUACCGACAAAAGAUAACAAAAGAUGAAUUUGAUAUGGAGGCCAGGCGACUCUUAAAUGACGAAAACAUUCAUCUUCACAAUGAGUUCCUCGUCACCGUGCUGACCAAAUGUCAGAUACUCAGUGCAGAAUCAUCAGCAGAAUCAUCAAAGAAUAAGAGCAGUAACAGUUCUAGCGGCAAAUCAGGAGAAAAGGCAAACAAGAAGAGCAAACCACCCAAGAAGAAGAAAAUCAUUGUCAGGCCAACAUUUGAGAAUCGCUUUGUGCCGUCUGAUCCGAUGAUGAAGGCUCCUGCAGUAGCCAUGCAGGUUGAGGAAUCACUCGACUUCUGCGCUCGUAGUUCCUUCUUACCGGAUGCUGCCAUGCUGCACGGCCGAGUGUUUGUGACUGCGUGGGAGUGGGGCAUUGACAACGUAUCUGGCGCAACGAUUCCCUUGAUUACACACUCGGUGCAGCAAGUACUAAAGAAUGUGAUCAGUGCAGUCAUCUCUCGCAGCAGUGCCUACAACGUGCACUCUGGAAAGUAUAAACACAGUAUGGGAAUCGUCGCGCAGCUACCAGCGCUCCGAUGCCAAUCAAGAGAUCGUAUACACCUGGACAAAAGCUGUAACCCGCCAAACAUCGAUGGAGCAUCAGGCCAGUACACUGUCAAGAGACCAGACUCAGAAACCAGUGAACAGUCAGCCGUUAUGCAGCAAGCCACGUCUGGUGUCCCGCCUUCAAAGAAACCCAUCACACUGUAUGACCUAUUGGAUGCCUUACAGGUCCACCGAAGUGUGUUAGCCUCUCACACUGUCAGCUGCACAGCAACUGAGCAGACACUAGUAGGACUUUGGCACCCUGAUCAUGAUGAACUUUACCAAGAUGAGUUGCAUCGACAGAGAUUACGUCAAGAAGAAAGCGAACUCAUGGUGUCAUGAACACAUCUGGAGACAGUGAACUUAACUUCUGAACUGACAUUAGGGGUUGAAGUUUUUGUAAUUCUUAUAUAGCUGUUAUUUAUAGAACAGGUGGUUUGGUUGGCGUAGUGGUAG